AUUAUGAACGAACCAUGAGCCGGCUGCGGCGCUGGGCGAUCGCGGCUCUGCUGCUGCUGCUGCCGCUCCCUGCACCCAGUCUUGGGGCCCGGGGUCCUACCGGAGUUCUGCACUGGGGGGGCUCACCCCAGGUGGGGAGCCCAGAAGCCCCGGAGGUCACAGAACCCAGCCGUCUGGUAGGGGAGAGCUCUGGGAGAGAAGUCCGAAAGCAGCAGCUGGACACCAGGGUCCGCCAGGAGCCACCGGGGGGCCCGCCUGUCCAUCUGGCCCAGGUGAGUUUCGUCAUCCCGGCCUUCAAGUCAAACUUCACACUGGACCUGGAGCUGAACCAUCACCUCCUGUCCUCACAGUAUGUGGAGCGCCACUUCAGCCAGGGGGGGACCACCCAGCACAGCACCGGGGCUGGAGACCACUGCUACUACCAGGGGAAACUCCGGGGGAACCCGCACUCCUUUGCUGCCCUCUCCACCUGCCAGGGGCUGCAUGGGGUCUUCUCUGAUGGAAACCUGACUUACAUCGUGGAGCCCCAAGAUAUUGCUGCACCUUGGGGAGCCUCCCGGGGCCCCCUUCCCCAUCUCAUUUACCGGACCCCUCUCCUCCCAGCCCCCCUCGGAUGCAGGGAACCAGGCUGCCUGUUUGCUGCCCCUGCCUAUUCUGCUCCUCCAAACCGGCUGAGGCUGAGAAGGAAAAGGCAGGUCCGCCGUGGCCACCCUACAGUGCACAGUGAGACCAAGUACGUGGAGCUGAUCGUGAUCAACGACCGGCAGCUGUUCGAGCAGAUGCGACAGUCGGUGGUCCUCACCAGCAACUUCGCCAAGUCCGUGGUGAACCUGGCAGACGUGAUGUACAAGGAGCAGCUCAACACCCGAAUUGUUCUGGUUGCUAUGGAAACAUGGGCAGAUGGGGACAAGAUCCAGGUGCAGGAUGACCUCCUGGAGACCCUGGCCCGGCUCAUGGUCUACCGGCGGGAGGGUCUUCCUGAGCCCAGUGAUGCGACCCACCUCUUCUCGGGCAAGACUUUCCAGAGCACCAGCAGUGGGGCAGCCUACGUGGGGGGCAUCUGCUCGCUGUCCCGGGGUGGGGGCGUGAACGAGUAUGGCAACAUGGGGGCCAUGGCAGUGACCUUGGCCCAGACGCUGGGGCAGAACCUGGGCAUGAUGUGGAACAAACACCGAAGCUCUGCAGGGGACUGCAAGUGUCCGGACAUCUGGCUGGGCUGCAUCAUGGAGGACACUGGGUUCUACCUGCCCCGCAAGUUCUCGCGCUGCAGCAUCGACGAGUACAACCAGUUUCUGCAGGAGGGCGGCGGGAGCUGCCUCUUCAACAAGCCCCUCAAGCUCCUGGACCCCCCCGAGUGCGGGAACGGCUUCGUGGAGGCGGGGGAGGAGUGCGACUGCGGCUCGGUGCAGGAGUGCAGCCGCGCGGGUGGCAACUGCUGCAAGAAAUGCACCCUGACCCACGACGCCAUGUGCAGCGACGGGCUGUGCUGUCGCCGCUGCAAGUACGAGCCGCGGGGUGUGUCCUGCCGGGAGGCCGUGAACGAGUGCGACAUCGCGGAGACCUGCACCGGGGACUCGAGCCAGUGUCCCCCUAACCUGCAUAAGCAGGAUGGUUACUACUGUGAUCAUGAACAGGGCCGCUGCUACGGAGGUCGCUGCAAAACCCGGGACCGGCAGUGUCAAGCCCUUUGGGGCCAUUUGGCUGCUGAUCGCUUCUGCUAUGAGAAGCUGAACGUGGAGGGGACGGAGCGUGGGAACUGUGGGCGCAAGGGGUCAGGCUGGGUCCAGUGCAAUAAGCAGGAUGUGCUCUGUGGCUUCCUCCUCUGUGUCAACAUCUCUGGAGCUCCUCGGAUGGGUGACCUGGGGGGAGACAUCAGCAGUGUCACCUUCUACCACCAGGGCAAGGAGCUGGACUGCAGGGGUGGCCAUGUGCAGCUGGCCGAUGGCUCAGACCUGAGCUAUGUGGAGGAUGGCACAGCCUGUGGGCCCAACAUGCUGUGCCUGGACCACCGCUGCCUGCCAGCCUCUGCCUUCAACUUCAGCACCUGCCCAGGCAGCGGGGAUCGUCGGAUCUGCUCCCACCACGGGGUCUGCAGCAACGAAGGGAAGUGCAUCUGUCAGCCAGACUGGACAGGCAAAGACUGCAGCAUCCACAACCCCCUGCCCACAUCCCUGCCCACAGGGGAGACGGAGAGAUAUAAGGGUCCCAGCGGCACUAACAUCAUCAUUGGUUCCAUCGCCGGUGCUGUCCUGGUUGCAGCCAUCGUCCUGGGUGGCACGGGCUGGGGAUUUAAAAACAUCCGCAGAGGAAGGUAUGACCCGACCCAGCAGGGGGCAGUGUGACACCGGCCACAUCAUCCCUCCCGCUGUCCUUGUCUCCAUCUCAUUCGUCACCUCACAUUCUGUUGAUGGGGAGCUGGGGCUGAUUCCCUCACUCCUGCAGUCAGCCUGUCAUGGCGGGUGCAGGGGUGGGAGAGCCUCGCUCUGGGAAGAAAGUCUUCAGCCUGCCCUUCUCUUUUUCUUGCCCAUUGUCCUCUGGCCAUGUGGCCAGACCUUCCUGGCCAGAUGGACCUUGGAGCUGUGCCCCCCGCAGUCCCCAUCCCUGGGAAAGGAUCCUCCCUCCAUGUCCCAUCUGUUUUGUCUUCCAUGUCACCGCUGUCCGACCUCCCGCCAGAUCCCCUUCCUGGCCAGCCUGUGACUUGCUACCUCCAGGGCCCAGCACUGAUCUCCUGGGGCCUCGCUGGAGGGCUCUCCCUCUGGGCCCUGUGUCUUGUCCUCCCCUGACGCCCCCUCUCCAUUCCAGGUCUGGAGGGGCCUAAGUGCCACCCCCUCCCUCCAAGCCUGGCGCCCACCGUCUUGGCUCUGAACCACAAGGCUGCCCCCACCCAGCCACGGAGGGAGGCACCCUGCAAGUGUCUUCCAGAUCCAAACCCUUCAACUCCUGGCUCCACAGGGCUUUGGGGUGCUGUGGCCCUGCCCUUCACACCAUCAGGGUGGACCAGGCCUGGAGAGCAUUUCCUUCAAGGCUCCCACCCCACCUCCUGUGGCAUUGGCCUUGCACACCAACUGUCCCUGUGUGAAUGUAGCUUCCAUCAUCACAAUUGCCACAGCUCAAGUGGGGGGCCUGAAGGGAUGCCCCAGUGGGGGCAGGCAGCCACCACUGGGCGUGGUCUGGGAUGGCUCCUCCUCAAAACCAGGCUGCUGGGACCAGGGUCUUAGCUCUCUGGGACCUAGGGGAAGGGGCUGACAUCUACAUUUUUUUUACUGAAUCUUAACUGAUGAAUGUAACCUUGGGGGUGCUGGGGCCAGGGCAGUUGUGGGGAUGUUUUGACAAAGGGGGGCCCGGAGGAAGUGAGGUGUGGCUGUCCCCUAGGCCCUCCCCCGGGAUGGUCACAUCUGGAAUCCUGUCACCAAACACAGGCAGGGCCAGCCACCUCUGCUUGCCCCCGCCGCCCAGCCCCGCUGAGCUUGGAAGAAGUACAAGUGCUGAUUCAAACCAAAGCUGCCUGUGCCGUGCCCGAGGUCUAGUUGUGGGUACGGCAGCCACAUGUCCCAGGUUGUCUUCUAUUCCAAAAUGACUGUCCUGCUGUCCCUGCCAGGACACAUGUAUUUGGUUGUGGGGGGGUCUAGAAAAUAUAGUCCCUGAAAUAAAAUGGCACCUUCCCCUCUUCAAGAAGGGUGAUUCUGGGGCUGACUCAGGGUUUAAGUGCCCCCUGGUGUGGUUGAGAGCUCCCAGUCUGGGCCAUCUUCCCAGUAGGGAAGGCCAGAGGUGGCCCAGUGCCUGGAGGGUUAGGGGCUCUGCCUGUGAUGUGCAAGAGGAAGUGGGGAGAGCAGGACUCACGGAUGAUCCCAGGCUUCUAAAAAAGUCCAGGACCCUGUCAAACGCAUUCCACUCCUGACCCUUUUCCAGGGCUGAGUAGUAUGUUUACAGACGUUUCCCCGUUAUGUCCUUCCCUGAUCCCCGCUGUGGUUGAGCCUGAGAGACAGGCCAAGACUGAGUAGAAUUCCUCAGUUCCCACGGCCUUCCCUCACGACUCUUGCUUGGGACAAAGGGGCUCUGGCUCCUCGACCCUAACAGCUAGCUGGCAGGGGCAAGAUGUGGGGGCGAGCCACCUUAUGGAUGAAAGCCACAAAUGAAUGGGAUCCCUCUCCCAGGGAUGCCACACCCAGACUCAGGAGGGGUUUCUGAACGCCUCAGGGCCUUUGAGUUUCUCUGUUUCUGGGACAUCUUGAGGAAUCAUGAAGGAAAUGUCCAUGAAGGAAACUUCAUCUUCACCACCCUCAGGGGCAAACUGGGCCCUGGAAACCAUGACACCCUUUUGGGUGGGUGGAUGUCAUCUGUCUGCAGUGGGGUCCUCAGUAUUGAGCUCAGCUGGCACUGCCCAGUGAGGGGGUGAGUGUGGUCCCCUUCUGUUCAGCUCUGCUCCACCAGCCCCACGAGGGAAGGCAGGCAGGAGGAAGGGCUGGGUUUUGCACUAUUGCUGUGACACCUUAAGGCACCCAUUCUCUGGUGGCGCACAUGUGCACACAGGUGGCAACAUAGCUGAGCUCAAGCAUUUGGAUCCAUACCUCUGUGUACACAGACAUGUCUGUGUGUGCAUGGGUAUGUGGCUUGGGAACAUAGAGAACCUAAGACUUCAUGUGACCAGUCCGCCCUGUCUCCCAGCUGUCUGCAUCUUCCUGCCCUGCCCUGGCAGUGCCCAGGGAGGAAUGAACGCUGUGGCAAUGCAGGCCUGGACCUGGCUCCAUCCAGCAUCCUGUACAUAUGUCAUCUGGGGCUCAGGGGUGGGGAGGCAGGGCCAGGAGCAUCAAUUAAAGAUCACGUCUUGGGGCUUCCACGGAGCUCACACCAA